GACAUCUCUAGAAAAAAUGAAAAACAUUACUUAAACUAAUAAAAUACAACGUGCAAAUUGACAUAUUGAGCAGAAAACUGCGCGAAAAGGUCACACACUGUGUGCUGGUUGUGCGGGGCAGUCUACGAGCUUUUUGAGUUGCGUCAGCAGGCAAUAAAAUGCCAGGCAAGGUGGGCGUCAAAAUAAAGGCUGCGCGUAAUCUGCCAGUGAUGGACAAGAGCAGCGAGACAACCGACGCAUUUGUGGAAAUUAAGCUGGCUAAUAAGGAGCACAAAACCGAGGUAUUCCGGAAAAGUCUUAAUCCGACAUGGAACACCGAUUGGUUUCGCUUUGAGGUCGAUGACGCAGAGCUGCAGGACGAGCCACUGCAAAUACGUCUUAUGGAUUAUGACACCUAUUCGGCAAAUGAUGCGAUUGGCAAGGUUAACAUAAGUUUGAAUCCGCUGUGCCUGGAGAGCUCUAGUCAAUCCGGCCAUGGCAAGGGCACCGUGCUCUCUGGCUGGAUACCCGUCUUCGACACAAUGCAUGGCAUACGUGGUGAAAUAAACGUUAUUGUCAAAGUAGAUUUGUUCUCCGAUGUCAACAAGUUUCGACAGAGCUCGUGUGGCAUUCCCUUCUUCCACUCACAAUGUGUUCCGUUUGGAUUUCGGGCGCAGGUCAUACAUGGCUUUGUCGAGGAACUGGUCGUCAAUGAUGAUCCGGAAUAUCAAUGGAUUGACAAGAUACGUACACCGCGCGCUUCCAACGAGGCACGUCAGGUUGUCUUUCUCAAACUGUCCGGGCAGGUGCAACGAAAGAUGGGGUUGAAGGCCAUUAAUAUGGGCGCUAAUGCUGUCAUCGGUUAUACGCAAUGCUUUGACCUGGAGGGCGAUGUGGGCGUUGUCGCACGUGGCGUCGGCACAGCUGUAACACUGAUAAAGGACACCAGUAGUAGCCAGCCAAACAGCGCGGAUGUACCACUCAUCGAAGAGUCCAGCAGCGAUCUCCAGCAGCUUCAGCAGCAGCAGCAACAGUCGCCGGCACAGGCCGUGCUCAUUCCCACAACCAUUACGACAAUCGAGAGUAAUGCGAGUGGGAAAAGGUUUGCAUCGCCGGUUAGCAGCAAUCGCAUGAAGCUAACGCCCAGUCCAUCCAAGAGCGGAAUUUCGGGUGGUGGGAAUGCAGACAGCGCAUCUACAUCAACCACCUCAACAGCUACAACAAUGGUGCAGACCAAAGAGCUGGGUGAGAUAUGUCGUCGCUCAUCCGACUCCGACCUGAGCGUAACCCCAAAAGGCAACUCCAUUUGCGUGGCAAGCGAGCGUUUGGUUGCGGCCACGGCCAUGAUGCGCCUAACCACACCCACAGUGGGCAGCAAGGCAACGGAUAGUAUAGAUAUGCUGGAAUACCCUUUCCUAACAAUGACCAAAUAUCCAACUGGCUUUAUACUGCACCUGGGCGCAACUGUAGCGGCCAGGUCGGUGAAACUCCUAGAACGAGUGCCCAAUCCUGAUGAGCCUGAAGUACGGGACAGCUGGUGGACUGAGCUCCGCAUGGAAAUUCGGUCUCAUGCCCGUUCUUUGGGAUGUAACGUGGUGCUAGGUUACAUGGAGUCAACAACAAUAUCUGAAGAUGUGUGCGUUUUGUCUGCCACAGGCACCGCAGCAGUCAUCAACAUGGUCUUUAAACGGUCCGUUUCGCAAACUGAUAUUUUUGCCAUAUCCAAGGCAAGCAACAAUGUGGCUGCGAUGUCCAAUUCGCUGGAGGAGCGCGAAGCAAACGGCAGCGUUAGUGAGGCAGCAGCCUCUAGCAAGGACGGCAGUUCAUUAGCUACAGCUAAUGGCUCGGGUUCGGCAAGCAAGCGGUAUGGCUUGCCAGCUCCUAAUGCACCACGCAAAACGUGUGCGAUCUGCCAUGUGCCAUACAACCUGAGCUCGGUGAAGAUGAAGAAGUGCGCCAUUUGCCGCAAGGGUCGGGUGCCAGAUGUACUGCUGGCCACGCUGGAGGUUCCAGAGUUCAUGCAGGUUACUGGACGCGGCUGCUUCAUGCAAGCGCAAGUUGUCCGCGCUAAGCGGGAUCUGCGUGCCGAACUGAAUGCCAAAGAUAUUUCCGAUGGAUUGCCCUUUUUAGAAUACGAGCUGCACCGUGUGCUGAUUAAUAAGCUGAAGGCCAAGGGCAUGAAUGCCAUUUUUGGACUGCGCACCCAGGUCGCCAUUGGCGAGCGCAUGAUAGCGCUAAUUGCCACGGGUACAGCUCUUUUUCUGACUGCGCUCCCCGUGCCGCUGGUGCCUAAAAUUGUGGCAGGCAACUCUUGGACGGACAAACAAAAACUCAACGAACUACAGAAAAAGUUGCAGGAGACAUUUGAGCGCAACCAAGAGAUUUAUCAGUUAAAAAGCAUGGAUCCUGACAUAGUCAGCGCUAGUGGUGCCGCGGGAGACAAGCAUUCGGAUAGUGAUGAUUCGGAUGAUGAGGAAAUGAAUGAAAUCGAUUUGAACUGCGGAAACAAAGAGAUGUGUGUGCUAGAAGUUGAUGAUAUUGAGGAUUUGGAAAUUAUAUCGCUGCUCAUGGAACCAUAUCCACCUGAGGGCUUUCAUGUCGUAAACACGCAACAGGUGCCAGGUAUGCUGGAGCUGGAUGGUGUUAAGAAUCUUCAAAUGUUUACCCAAGUGUGGCGUGCUCGCCUCGAGGUGGGCCAAAGCGUAAAUGGAUUCCCUAAACACUUUCAGCGUCUUCUACAGACCAUCUAUUUUAAGCUGCGCACAAUGAUACCCUGUGCAAUUUGUGAUCUGCGUUUUAGAUUGGAUUUGCCUGAAACAGACCAAAUCCAAUUACUUGUAACUGGCAUGGCCAUGGGCCUGAGUGAUGCCAACAAAAUGAAAUAUCGACGCCGGGGAGCGCCGGUGGCACAGCUCCAGAAUGGCUUCAAUGAUGCGGCAACGCAGCCAGUAGCCGUUGUCCAUGAAACCCAAUCGCAGCCUGAACUAAAUGGCAAGCGAAUGCUACAAGAAGAGGAUUACAUUUUUCCGCUGGAUGAAGAUCAAAUGGUCGAUACUCCCACACCGACCAGCUCAGCAAUACCUCCGUUCGGCAUGAGUUCUUUCAAAGUGCGAAAGACUUCGCCAUCGCGAUUAAAUAAUUUAGCGACAGCUUUACCGCCAGCCAAGCCGCUCAACAUGACACCAGCGGCGCGCAAUCGCUAUUUCCCGCUACGCGAUCGCCAUGGAGUGGACUUAACCCCACUUAGCUUCAUACCAGGUGGACGGAUUGAAAAGUAUUUGGGCAAUCUGAACUUCUUCUUCAUUAGGGAGAGUACCUCCAUACGCGAAUACGGUGGCAUUAGCGGAUUCGUGCAUGGCUUCAUCACUGAGCUGCUGGCCGUGGUGCGCGCCCAUAUUGCUUCCCUAGGAGGUAAUGCGAUGGUCUCCUUUUAUUUGACCGAACUGAUGUUAUUUGAUAAUCAGCACAAAAAUCAGGGUCAAUGCCUGAUUAGCAUCGGUGGCGAUGCGGUCUAUGUCAGCUACUAUGCCGAUGACUGAUAUACACGUUUGCGGGGCAUAUAGCGCCUGUUUUACGCGAAUCGCCCCAAAAGUCUCUACUACUAAAACUCUCUUUUGUUGUCUCUCUCUAUGGAUGCUAACUCCAUAUCAACCCUCUGGCUCAGCGCGAUAUGACUUGCCCUGUUGACAGGCCCAACAUAUGAACAUGCUUGUUGACUUAAAUAUGUAAUACAUAUAUAGAGUAAUCGGUAUUUACUAUAACGACUAUAUAUAGUUGAAAUCAAUAUGCAAUAUUGGAACUGUGACUUGACUUUCGACAUGUAGAAUGAAUUUUUCUUGUCUUGUUAUUUGUUUGCUUACUGUUUAAAGCUUAGCUCCUUGCAAUUAUCAUAACCAUACUUUGUACAUAGUCGAGAUGUUUAUUGAAUUUAAAUUUUGAUAGAUAAUUUUUUUUCUUUUAUUUUUGUUGUGAGCAAAUAGCUCUAAGCAAUACAUUAUACACAAAAAGUGUAAUCAAUUUUGGCAACACAGAAUUGAACCACCAACUUAUGUAACAUAUAUCUAUAUAAAUAAUACUAAAUAAUAUGCAAUAUUUGAAAUUAGAAUCCGAAAAAUGUGUAA